AUGACUGAGGGUCGCCCGCCCGUGACAGAGCGCAGCUACGGGGUCGUGCUCGUGCGUCCAGCCCGCAGCGGCACCUCACUCAAAUCUCAAGACGCGCAGGUGCUGCUUGUACACCAGCACCUCCGGCCAGGGCCCCGUCUCCCCGCGUCGCAGCUCGACACCUCGCCAUCGCUGCCAUCGACGUUCAUCGCGCUGCCCAAGGGGCACCGGGACCCUUCGGACGAGAGCGAUCUCGCAGCGGCGCUGCGCGAGCUGCGGGAGGAGACGGGGCUGGGCGUCGCGCGCGUGCUAUGCGACGGGAGUAUGAUUACUGAGCGCUACACGAACCCGCGCAAUGGACGGGAGAAGGAGAAUACGUUCUGGGUCGCGCUGGUGGAGGGCGAUGGGGAGGGGGUGAAGGUGCAGGAAGAAGAGGUAGAAAGGGCGGAAUGGGUGGGAUUCGAGGAAGCGCUAAAGAUGGCGACGUAUGAGGAGACGAGGGGCGUGCUGAGGCAGGCUGCGGUGAUGUUGGAUAAGGCCUAG